UUAACGCUAAUUAAUUUUAAAUUCAUACUAAUAAUACAAAUAUCUUUUUUAUUUCUGUUCUAAAUUGUUCUAUUUUUCUUCUCUGAAUUAAUCGUUUUCAUCGAAAUUGUUCCUUUGUCUAGAUUUUUAGCUCUCUGUUUGGCAGCUUAGAAAAAUGCAUCGUUAUUUCCAGUUUUUCCCAAUCAAAAUUUGAAAAUCUAUUCAAAGAUUAUUGAAAAUUUUGGAUACUUUCCUUUUCUUUAUAGGAGUAGAUUGUAAAGGACUUGUUUAUUUUUCAUCCUCUCUUUCUUGCUCGUUUCGAAUUGAGCUUUUGAUUUUGCUGCAAUUGUAGUUUGGUGUCUGGCAGUUUGUGAAUUGUGAUCAAUUAGGGGUUUACUACCUCUAUUUUGUUGGAUAUACGCACAUACACACAUAUAUAUAUAUAGAGAGAGAGAGAUAGAGAGACAGAGGGUUAUCGAUGAUAAGGGAAGUGCAGCUGGAGCCAGUGGGUGCAGAGAAUCCGAGCGAUUCUGAUCCUCUGCUCGUAGACAAGGCUGAUUCAUCAUCGCCGCCACCAUUAAGUUCGAGUGAGAUUAACAAUGAAGAUGACAUCGAGAAUGGUUCUAUUCCUUGUUGCCGCAUUUGUCUUGAGAGCGAUUGCGAACUAGGUGAUGAAUUAAUAUCUCCAUGCAUGUGCAAAGGCACUCAACAGUUUGUUCAUCGUUUAUGCCUUGAUCAUUGGCGCUCAGUAAAGGAAGGAUUUGCUUUCUCUCACUGCACAACAUGCAAGGCCCAAUUUCAUCUUCGAGUUGCAUUAUUUGAGGACAACUCAUGGCGUAAAGUGAAAUUUAGACUUUUCGUGACAAGAGAUGUUAUCAUUGUAUUUCUGGCUGUGCAAACUGUGAUUGCUGCAAUUGGUGGCUUUGCAUAUUUUAUGGAUAAAGAUGGGACCUUUAGGAAUUCAUUCAGCGAUGGUUGGGAUAGAAUCCUGUCAAAACAUCCUAUACCAUUUUAUUAUUGUAUAGGUGUACUGGCAUUCUUUGUGCUGCUUGGGUUUUUUGGCCUCAUACUACAUUGCUCCUCCCUCAAUAGUAAUGAUCCAGGAAUGGCUGGCUGCCAGAACUGCUGUUAUGGAUGGGGAAUCCUGGACUGUUUCCCUGCUUCUAUGGAGGCAUGCUUUGCCUUAGUUUUGGUGUUUGUUGUUAUCUUUGCCAUUCUAGGCAUAGCUUAUGGUUUCCUUGCUGCCACCAUGGCCAUUCAGAAGAUCUGGCAGAGACAUUACCACAUCCUUACUAAGAGGGAGCUGACAAAGGAAUACAUAGUAGAGGAUCUUCAUGGCUGUUAUACACCACCGAAGUUGGAUUCAGAACAUGAAGAACGUCUGAAAAUGCUUAAGCUUUUAUAAUUAUGGCAGAGAUGAGUGAAGUCAUAAGACAUAUUUACAGUGGGAUGCAUAUCACUGCUCGUGUAUAAAUAUAAUUUAAAAUUCAACCCCUU